AUGAAAUUCAUACUACAAUGUUCUAUAUGCUUAUAAAGUUUAUGCAAUCCUAUGUCUCUCAGUUGUGGACACACAUUUUGUCACAAUUGUAUUCAUAACACAUUAGACAAACAAGAGUAGAGUGUUUGUCCCUUGUGUCGUUAGCCUGUGUUGAUCUCAUAGAAUAAAUCUGAUGAAUUGUUAUCGAUUGUCUAAUAGAUAUAUGAAAAGGAUGGCAUAGAAGAACUUUUGAACGAAUUCCCUUCAUUAAUUAUCUGUCUCUGUUGUGGGUUGACUCCAAUAAAUCCAAUUGUUCUACCAUGCUAACAUAUGUUUUGUUAGAAAUGCAUUUAUGAGAGUCUUCAAGAGGAAUUGCUAUGCCCAGUAUGCUCUGAGUUUAGUUUUUCACUUAAAGUUAGCAUAAAUUAGAAAUAUAAAGAUCUUAUCAAUUGGUAUUUGAAGCAAUUUUAGAUUGAAGAGGUUCAACAAACUGAAGAAAUUAUGGGAUUAGAUAAUGUAAAUGGAUUACCAAUCUUUAAUUUUGAUUAAACAGUGAUAGUUCAUAUGGAAACUCAGUUCACUUUUUUUGAACUCAGAUACUAGGAGAUGAUCAGAAGAGUUUGUUCAGGCUCAUGCAAUUUUAUUGUUUCAGGAGAUUUUAUCUAUGGAGAUUUAGUUAAAAUUAAAAAUAUCAAAAAAAUUAAUAAAGGAUACCAAGUGCUUGUAGAGGCUAUAGCAAGAGUGAAAAUCAAAUCUGUAUAUAACUAUAUCAACGGAAUCAAGACAUCAUAUCAACCCUAAAAUGCUCAAUCCUUUUGGCUUUGCUCAUAUUAACAUGUCAAGGAUUAAAUCCUCAAAGAGAAUAGCAUUUAAUAAUAUAACAAUAUUGUAUUAACUUUGGAUGAGAUUUACAGAAAUAUCAAAUCCGAUUUGCAUUCCUUAUUCGAUAGUUUUAUGAAAAAGUUACACUUGGUAUCAAGUGCUGAUAGUAGUCUAAUACUAUUGGCUACCUUAAAUAAUCAAACUAUUUCAUAAUAUUAUGAUGUUGAUGUUGAAAAAAGGAUUCAAUUGAUCUAAAAUCACUUUUGCACUCUCGAACAACAUAUUAAAGGAAUGUACAACUAAGGGGAACAAAAAUAGAGUGCGAAAUACUAAUAAUAAACCAUAGAGAUCAUAUUAUAUCCAGAAUACGAUGUGGCAACUCAAUAUUUCCUAAAUCUUUUCAAUCUAAACAAGGUUCUUUGUUUUUGA